UCACUAAUUAAUAAUUUUUCAGUUAGCUAACCAUUCCAAGAUCAUUUUCAAUAUCAAUUGAAAAACAUAGUAUAGAUAUCAUCAUAUUAAGUCAUGUUGAGAGCCGGUUCUGUUUCAAGACAAUUCGUUCGUCAUUUACAUAAAGAAUUAAAAUUCGGUGUUGAAGGUAGAGCAGCUUUAUUAAAAGGUGUUAAUACUUUAGCUGAUGCUGUUAGUGUUACUUUAGGUCCAAAAGGUCGUAAUGUUUUAAUUGAACAACAAUUCGGUAGUCCAAAGAUCACCAAGGAUGGUGUAACUGUGGCCAGAUCAAUUGUCUUACAAGAUAAAUUCGAAGAUAUGGGUGCUAAAUUAUUACAAGAAGUUGCUUCUAAAACUAAUGAAAGUGCUGGUGAUGGUACUACUACCGCUACUGUUUUAGGUAGAUCCAUCUUCACUGAAUCAGUUAAGAACGUUGCUGCCGGUUGUAACCCAAUGGAUUUAAGAAGAGGUUCUCAAGCUGCUGUUGAAGCUGUUGUUGCCUUUUUACAAGCUAAUAAAAAAGAUAUUACUACUAGUGAAGAAAUUGCUCAAGUUGCAACUAUCUCUGCUAAUGGUGAUGCUCAUAUUGGUAAUCUUUUAGCUUCUGCCAUGGAAAAAGUUGGUAAGGAAGGUGUUAUCACUGUUAAAGAAGGUAAAACUUUAGAAGAUGAAUUAGAAGUUACUGAAGGUAUGAAAUUCGAUAGAGGUUUUAUUUCUCCAUAUUUCAUCACUAAUACUAAAUCUGGUAAAGUUGAAUUUGAAAAUCCUUUAAUCUUAUUAAGUGAAAAGAAAAUUAGUUCUAUUCAAGAUAUCUUACCUUCUUUAGAAUUAUCAAAUCAACAAAGAAGACCAUUAUUAAUCAUUGCUGAAGACAUCGAUGGUGAAGCUUUAGCUGCUUGUAUUUUAAAUAAAUUAAGAGGUCAAGUUCAAGUUUGUGCCGUUAAAGCUCCAGGUUUUGGUGAUAAUAGAAAAAAUACUUUAGGCGAUAUUGCUAUCUUAUCAGGUGGUACUGUUUUCACUGAAGAAUUAGAUAUUAAACCAGAAAAUGCUACUGUUGAUUUAUUAGGUUCUGCUGGUUCAAUAACCAUUACUAAAGAAGAUACUGUUAUCCUUAAUGGUGAAGGUCAAAAAGAAAACAUCAAUUUAAGAUGUGAACAAAUUAGAACUACUAUGGAUGAUCAUUUAACCACUGAAUAUGAAAAGGAAAAAUUACAAGAAAGAUUAGCUAAAUUAAGUGGUGGUGUUGCCGUUAUUAGAGUUGGUGGUUCUUCCGAAGUUGAAGUUGGUGAAAAGAAAGACAGAUAUGAUGAUGCUCUUAAUGCUACUAGAGCUGCUGUCCAAGAAGGUAUCUUACCAGGUGGUGGUACUGCUUUAAUCAAAGCUUCAAGAGUUUUAGAUGAAGUUAAAGAAAAAGCUGAAAACUUUGAUCAAAAAUUAGGGGUUGAAAUCAUUAAAUCUGCUAUUAGUAAACCAGCCAGAAGAAUUAUUGAAAAUGCUGGUGAAGAAGGUGCUGUUAUUGUUGGUAAGAUUUAUGAUAAUGCUGAAUUCAACCAAGGUUAUGAUUCAGCCAAGGGUGUCUUCACUGAUAUGAUUGCUGCUGGUAUCAUUGAUCCAUUCAAAGUUGUUAAGAAUGGUUUAGUUGAUGCUAGUGGUGUUGCUUCAUUAUUAGCCACUACUGAAUGUACUGUUGUUGAUGCUCCAGAACCAAAGGGUGCUGCUCCAGCUCCUGCUGCUCCAGGUAUGGGCGGAAUGGGAGGUAUGUUCUAAACAACCUAAACCCAUUGACCUUGUCCUCUUAAAUUGAACAUGUUUAUAAAGUGAUGAUCUUGAUUAUCAUCAUUCUCUCUAUAUUUAUAUAUAUAUAACUAUUCCUCCUCCCUCUCUGAACAUUAUUUCUUUUUCUCUUUUUCUUGAUUUAAGUUGUAAAUAGUCAUUCUCCUCCCAUUUCACUUUAUUUGCUUUAUUUAAAAACUAAAUAAAUUGUAUUAAAUCUUGAAUAAU